AAGUGUUGUUUAAUAUAAAAAAAUGAAAUUACUUUUAAAUUUAAUGUUAUUAUAUUGUUUUGUAAUGUUUAUAAACGGUGAGAAAAUAUUGUGCGUAUUUCCCUUGCCGGCGCGAAGCCAUUUUAUUUUGGGAAAUGCAUAUGCUCAGGCGUUGUUAGAAAAGGGUCACCAUGUAACCGUGAUUAGUCCUUUUGAAGAAAAUAAACAAUUGAAAAAUUAUAGUUAUAGAAAUAUCCUUUUGACUGGAUAUGAUGAAACAGAUUUCAUAAACAGUAAAAAAUUGUUCAACGAAAAUACAAAUUCGUUAUUUUCGAUGAUUGCGUAUUACAGAGUAAUGAUGGAUUUGACUGAGUUGAUUUUACAACAUCCAAAUGUUCAAACAUUGAUUCAUUCUGAUGAAAAAUUUGACGUGGUAGUGGUCGAACAAUUUUUAAAUGAUGCACUUAAAGGACUUGCGCCACAUUUUGGAGCUUCGCUUAUAAUAUUUAGUACAGUAGGAAUUAAUAACUGGGUUAAUUCUCUCGUUGGAAAUCCUUCUCCACCGUCAUAUAUAUCCGAUGUUAGUCAAAACUACCCCACUAAUAUGACAUUCUUCCAGAGAUUACAGAAUACUUUGUUGAUUCAGUGCGAAGCCUUUGUUCAUAGGGUUUUUGUUUAUCCGGCACAUGGGGAGUUAAUGAAAAAAUAUAUUCCAAAGGCGCCGCACUAUUCUGAGGUUUUCUUCAAUGCUUCAAUAGUUUUACUCAACUCAGAUUCUAGCAUUACUGCAGCCAUUCCAAAAGUCCCGAGUAUGAUAGAUAUUGGAGGUAUUCAUAUUUUGACUCCAAAAGAACUGACUGGGGAUUUAAAAAUUAUUUUGGACACCGCUAAAGAAGGUGUUAUUUAUUUCAGCAUGGGUUCUAACCUACGUAGUAAUGAUAUACCAGUGCAUAAAAGACAAGCAAUUUUAAACACGUUUGCCAAGUUGAAACAGAAAGUUCUUUGGAAAUGGGAACAGGAUGUUUUACCAGGUCAACCAAGUAAUGUUAUAUUAAGUAAAUGGUUUCCCCAACAAGAUAUCUUAGCCCAUCCAAAUGUUAAAAUAUUCAUUACACAUGGUGGUUAUUUAAGUUUAACUGAAGCAGUGUUUCAUGGAAAACCACUGCUAGCUCUUCCUGUAUUUGCUGACCAAUAUCUAAAUGCUAGAAAUAUAGAAAUGUACGGAUUUGGAAGGCAAGUACCUUUUCAUGAUUUAAACGAACAAAUCUUUAGUGAAUUGCUCGAUGAUCUUAUUAAAAAUCCAAUAUAUGAAGAAAAUAUUCAAAAAAGAAAGCAAAUUAUGCACGACAAGCAAAAUAAGCCUAAAGAAAACGCAGUGUUUUGGACUGAAUAUGUUAUUCGUCAUAAAGGCGCACCGCAUUUGAAGGUUGCUGGUGUUCAUUUACCUCUUUACAAGUAUCUUUUGCUAGACGUUUAUUUUUUUCUGAUUUUAAUAAUUGUAGUUGUGGUAUAUUUAUUAUUUUUCUUAUGUAAAUUAUUAUAUUAUAAAAAUAAAUCAGCAAAAUUCAAACAAGUUGUAAAGAAGAAUAAAUAAAUUGUAUUAAAUUUAUUAUAAAUAUAA